AUUGAUUUUAACCACCAUGUCUACGGAUAUAACUAGUUUUGUACCCCAAAUGGCGACACCUCUGACGGUGUCGUUUAUCUGUAAUACAUGUGGGAUCAAGUUUAUUGCCGCUGACAUGCAAAGGAAGCACAUGAAAACCGAAUGGCACCGGUAUAAUUUGAAGCGAAGAGUGGCACAACUCCCGCCCAUCUCAUCAGAUGUAUUUGCACACAAGAUCUUGCAACAGCAGCGGUUGGCUGAGAUAAGGGGCGAGGUUGAUGAGUUUGGAUUUUCUGUUAAGCCCAAGAAAGUUGGCGGAAAAUCCAAAACUAUGUCAGAAAUUAUAAGAGGUAGAGUUUUGAGUACUCAAAGCAAUACUCUCAACAGAGAAUCCAGUCCUGCUACGUCUGUGGUUAGUGAAUUUUCCCAAUUUUCUCUUGGAGACGGCGUGAGUGUGCACGAAGAAUCUGAAUCUAAUAUAGACACAGCAUCUGAGUUCAAUUUGACAGACCACUCCAAUAGUGAUUGGGAAUUUGAUUCCACAACUGAAGAAGAGGCUACCGAAUCGGAAGCGGAAUCACUUGAUGAUGGGCUCACGGAGGUGAUGCCUGUGAGCUUCUGCUUUUACUGUGGACUCAAUAAUAACGAAGUAGAAACCAAUGUGGAGCAUAUGUAUAGAAAGCAUGGGUUAUACCUCCCAGAAAGGCCAUUCUUACAAGACUUGGAUGGGCUACUUACAUUUCUCAGUGAAGUAAUUGUGCUCGAUAAAGAGUGCUUGGUAUGUGGGUUUGUUGGUAAGAACUUGGAAAGUAUCAGACAACAUAUGAUUUGCAAGGGCCAUUGUAAGCUUCCUUAUGAGUCGGAUGCAGAAAAGAAUGUGGUUGCUGAGUUCUACGGCUUUGAAGCUGAGACUGCAAAGAGAGUUGCAGAUGGUGAACAAAAUGACCAAGUGAUUAUACACACAUCCGAGCAUUUUGUUGCAAAGAAACUUUCAAAGACAUUACCUUCAGGUCUUGAAGUGGGACAUCGAAGUAUGUUCAAAUACUCGCAUCCACCAGCGUCGUUGGUUCGUAAUUCGAGAGAAUCUCAAAGAUCUAUUGCCCUUGUGGACCGUCGUUAUGCUCCAGGGCUUAGUGCCAAGAUACUCAGCAGACAAGAACGGCAGGUUAAACGGUUGGAACAAAGAACAAAGAAUCUCGAGACCAGAAGACUGAGCAGCAAGCAGAGCAAUGUUAUAAUGCAUUUUAGAGACGAGCUUUUGCAAUAGACCUUAAAAUAUAUUAGACUAGUUUGAAUACAGUUAACAUUUGCAUUCUCCCACUUUUCCAACCUUGCAGGUGGGGGGGGG